AUUUUAUUUUAUAAAGUGUAAUCAAAUAGAUAUGUGGACGUUUUUGAAUUCAGUUACUAUUAGUCCGAUAGCGGUGUGCUUUAGUCCACACGGGGUCAGACAGAAGGUGGCGGUAUUGCCCCCGGAAGCUGUUUGACAAUCACCAAAAGACCCAAAAGAAAAAGAAGCCGGAAGCAUACAGCUGUCAGUUUUGUAACAACAAUCUAGUGCUGGACUUUGCAUGGAGCGAGAGAGACCGGGGCAAGUUCUGCAGAGUAAUUUAAUUCAUUGCUCUGCCGUGAUCGCUGUGUUUAGAGAGCACCAUGGAUCCGUCACAGGCCGAGACAGUGGAUGGUGGUGCUUCGAGUCCCAAACUCGAGCUUUCCCCGGCGAUGCGGGCUAAAAUCGAGAGGAACCGGCAGCGGGCGUUGAUGCUCCGACAAGCCCGUCUUGCGAGUCGUCCUUUGUCCGCUGUGGAGGGUGCAACAGCGGCCAAAGUUUCCAAGACCAUCGACUCCGGAGCUGGGUUCUUUAUCGAGGAGGAGGGAGACUUAGAGGGAGAGCAGAAGAUCAAGGUAGUGGUGCAUCAGCCAGCUCCGGUGAUUGAACCAGAGUACCUGAUGUGUGAUGAAUGUCAGAAACCCUUUAUGGACUCGUACCUGAGCAACAGCUUUGACCUGUCUGUGUGCGACAACUGCAGGGACAAUGAGGAAAAGCACAAGCUGAUCUCCAGGACUGAGGCUAAGCAGCGCUACCUACUGAAGGACUGUGACCUGGACAAGAGGGAGCCUCCUCUCAGGUUUAUACUGAAGAAAAACCCCCAUAACCCACGUUGGGGAGAUAUGAAGCUCUACCUCCAGCUGCAGGUGGAGAAAAGAUGUAUGGAGGUGUGGGGUUCAGAGGAAGCUCUAGAAGAAGCCAGAGAAACAAGAGAAGAGAACAGAGAGGUGCAGAAACAAAAACGCUUCAACAAGAAGGUCAAAGAGCUACGCAGAGCAGUAAGGAGCAGUAUGUGGACCAAAAACACCACCGCUCACCAGCACGAGUACGGACCAGAAGAGGUUGUAGAUGAAGAGGAAGACCUCUACAAGAAAACGUGCCUCACUUGUGGACAUGAGCUUAGCUAUGAGAAAAUGUAGAGACGCACAUCCACAAACACUGUUAAAGACUGAUGUCUGGUGCUUCGACAGGAACACAAGUUUCCAAAUUCUUAAUUGUACUUUUUCCAUUUAUAAUAAAUAGCAAUAAAAUGCUCCACCUAGAUCACAUAAUAGGGGCCAAAAUCACCAUUGUAUUCAACACAUUAGCAGUAAGUUCAUUUUUUAAUGGCUGUUGCACAUCUUAGCUUGAUUGCUGACUCAAUUGUAUUUUUAGCCAUACCUUUGCACACUGCUUUUCAUUGUUCUGCAUCAUUUGAAAUUUGGCAAGUCAAGGAAAGCAUGAUACUGAAACUUUUUGUAUAAAAUAUUGAAUUGUAGGUCUUCCUUGUGACAAAUAGGACAUUUUCCAAAGCUGCUGCCUUCUUAGAAAAAGUCAUAUCUUAGGAGGGCAGUUAUGAAAAAAGUCUGCAGCUGUUGCCAGAUGUCUAAGACUAUAAGUUCACAUCACCUGCUGUAGUUUUGUUUUCAUCGUGGCUUUAUGCUCAAGGCAUUCUGGGAGUCAGUCCAGUGCCAGUCUGCCAAGAGUAUCAAUUUUCAAUUGAUAAAGACAUUAUCAAAUAGCACUGGACAGAUGCACCAGUGCACACACUUCAGCCUGGUCUGACCAUUGUGAAUUUUCACAUCUUGGUUUUUAUAAAUGUAAUUUUGUAUUAGCUUUAAGGAAAUGUGUAA